AGCCGACUUCCUGCAAACUCGCCUCCCACCCCACGGUUUCACAUCCCAACCUCACCCGAUCAAUCUAGCCCCAAUUGCGUCUUUUGGCUCUUCACAAAAUUGCUCUAUUUAUACCCUUCUUCACUGCUUCUUUGAACUCGCCUGAGAACUCCAAAUCAUCUUCUUCAAUUCAAGCAGAGAGUGUAUCAUCCCUCUUUCUCUUUCUCGGGUACUCACUUUCUCUUCACUCCUCUUGUGUGGGCUUUGCUUUUGUUAAUGAAUUUUGCUUCUGGUUCUCGAAUUCCUCUUGUUUUACUUGGUUUAUGCUUGUAGAUCUGUUUUUGAUUUCGGGUUUUUCAUUUUGUAUGCUAGAGUUAUGUUAUGUUCUUUUUAAUCUUUUUUGUAGUUCAUAUGAAUUAAAUCUUAAAUUGUGUUUAAUUUGUGGGAUUUAGUUGGACAAAAGUUUUAUAAUUUAAGCUGGGCCAUAUCUCGUCACGUGUCACUUCCUUCAUUCUUCACCUUCUUGACCUGAAAGCCAUUUGCGCAGAUCUCCAUCUCCGCCCCCCUUCUGCCCCACCUUCUCUUUUUCAGUGGUGGUUUCGGCGGACGACAGAAAGAGAAGAUGAACAGCCCAGCUCGAGAAGACGACAAGCCGGGGGAGGUUUUCCUCGACAAAUCCAAUAUGAUGCACGAAGUCACUGUCGACGAAGAAGAUCGUCCUGAUGUUGAGGAUGAAGAACACUCCGACUCUGAAAAUAUGGGUGCCAACCAUCUUCCUGAUGUUGACCAUGAAGAACACUCCGACUCUGAAAAUAUGGGUGCCGACUCCGACUCUGAAUAUAUGGGUGCCGACUCCGACUCUGAAAAUAUGGGUGCCGACGUAAGGGCAGGUGGAAUAGAUGAAGCUCUUCACGUUAGAAUAAAUCGAAAUGCUCGUGAUCAUGAGAUAGUAUAUUUUUCACACACUAGAAUUUUCAAAGUGCCUAAUCAUUUACGCAAGAUAAAUGCAGAGGCCUAUGAACCUCUAGUGAUCUCCAUUGGCCCUUACCACCAUGGUAAAGAGCACCUUCAAGCAAUGCAGCUGCAGAAAAUGAAUUAUCUAAGAUUUGCUUUUUUCAGUACACCAGAAAAAAGUCUGGAGAAAUAUGUGACGGCCUUGAAAGGAAUGGUGGAAAAAAUUCGCAGAUUUUAUUCAGAAAAUCUGGAUCGUAUUGGUGAAGACGACCUGGUAGAAAUGAUGCUUCUUGAUGGAUUCUUUAUCAUUGGGCUUAUUUCCCACGGUAGAAAGGAGCUUACAAAGUUUUAUUGGAGAAAUGUAAUGCGCGAUCUGCUGUUAGUUGAAAAUCAACUUCCUUUCUUUGUACUCCUCGAGUUAUAUUCCAUGCAUGUGGUUCAGGACCUUAGAGAAAAAGAGCAUCCACACGACUUGAUUGUCGAAAAUAUAACUACUUACUUCAAUAGAAUGGUGCCAGAACUUCCAAUUAUACCCAUUGAUGUCCAGUUACGUUAUCGAACAAUGUUUGACUCAGCGAACAGACCUUCAAUUACACAACCUGGCGGGAAUGUACGAGCCGUGCAUAUGCUGGCCUUGCUCCAUGAUAUUGUAUAUCGUACACUUCAAGGGUCACGCAGUUCGGCAACGGCAAGUUUUCCACGGCCAAGUAGCCCGCAAUUUCCACGCUGGCAGCCCUGUUUAGCACCGGCAAGGAGGCCGCUCGGCUUUUGUUGCGCAGCGGAAGGUCCAUUAAUGCCUGCAGAUCGAAAAUGGCGUUUCAUUCGUUCUGCAACUGAGCUCAAUGAGGCCGGGAUCAAGUUCCAGAAAAAAGAGGGGAAAUUGUUUGAUAUAGAGUUUCAAAAGGGGGUGAUGUCGAUUCCAACCCUAAUGAUCGAUGAUUAUACAGAAUCCAUCUUUCGUAAUUUCGUUGCUUAUGAACAGUUGUACGGGCGUUAUUCCGCAGAACCCUUCACGGAUUAUAUUACAUUCAUGGAUUGCCUCAUCAACACAGGAAAGGACGUUGAAUUACUUUGUCGCUGUGGAGUUCUUGAUAAUUGGUUGGGUGAUCAUGAAGUCGUUGCCGCCAUGUUUAACACACUCCGCGACUCUGUUUUGAUGUCAGAAAGGGACUUCUUCUACUCCGAGCAAUUCAACAGAGUGAAUAAACAUUGCAACAGAAAGUGGAACUUGUGGAAGGCGAACUUAUGGCACAAUUACUUUAACACUCCAUGGGCAUUGAUUUCCUUUAUUGCUGCGGUCUUAUUGCUUCUAUUUGCAGUGUUGCAAACUUUGUUCUCAAUCCUCUCUUAUCGUCAUUAACCCGGUUGACCAUUUGUAAUAAAAUGUUAUGUCUUAUGAAAAAAUAAAAAUUUAAAAAAAAAAUAUUAGCUUG